UUUCUUUAAAUAAUAAUUAUUAAUCCUAUCAAUACAUUCAAAAUUGAUUCAAUGUUACAUGCAAUAAAGAGAAACUCAAAACAAAAUUAGAAAAAAAUUGAGGAUCAUUCUUGUCACAAAAUUAGAUAAAUUGGCAGCACAAACAAAAAAAUACUCUUGACCUAUUUCCCAGUUUGAUUCAACUUCCGGUAGUGAACAGAAAUGACAUGGAUCUAAAAAAUCAAGACUUUCCCCCUCUCAAAUAAAAAUUAAUAUCUCCCCUUCCACUUGUCAUACAAUGAUAAAUUUAGUAUGGUUGGAAAUGUUUUUUCAAGCCCUAUUCAAUCAUAUAGGUUUUAUUAGUAUAUUAGUUGUUUGUGAAUUUCAAUCUGCAUUGAGAAAAAAACAACAUUCAAUACCACUUGCCAAGAUGAAUGGGGAUACAGAAGGGUUCACUGAUCUGCUUCAGCAGGCAGAGCAGUUGACAGCUGAAAUGGACUCAGGUACUGACCUUCCUCAUGUAGAAAGAAAUCUUCAACAGAUUUUGGAAGCUGGACAACGUUUGCUCACUCGUACAACACCUGUUAGUCAAGACAACAUAGAUGUGCAAGCAUCUAUUCUGUUGGGAAGCAAAGGAUUUGUGUUGCCAAGAAUAUCCGAGCGUUUAGAAGGUCUGAGGGCAGCAACAACAUUUGAGCCAUUGGAACCUGUCAGAGAAACAGAUAUAGAGGGAUUCUUAAGAAAUGAAAGAGAAAAUGCUUUGCUGGCAGUUAUAGAACAGACGAGAAAAAAUACCUUCGAAGAGGUAGACAAGAAUAACUGGGAGAGUAUGGAGAAUGAAUGGGAAAAGGAAAAACAGAAAAUUCUGAAUUCUCUUCUUGGUUCUGGACUAGAGUCUUUUGAAUUUCAACAAGAUCCAGAGAUGAUUAUUUCUGACAGCUUGUUAAAUCAAGGUAGAAGUAGUUUAGAUCAUAUUGAAAUGGCUUAUGCCAGAGAGGUGUUUGUUUAUAAUGAGCAUGUGAUAGACAAUGGAAUCCUACCAAGUUUGGUUGACAUGUUUGUAAAAGUUGCCACUAACAUUGGUGACCAGAAUGUGCUUGACAUGUGGCAACUUGUACAGUGUAUGAUAGAAAUCCCUUUGGGUCAAACAUUUGGAAGUCAGCCUUCAGUCAUUCGUAAAAACAGUCAGAUCCAAGCCCACUUCAUAUCUAGAGCUAAGCAUUACUUACAACAGAACUAUGUUCGUUAUCUUGAGAAAACAGUCAGCUCUAAUUUGAGACAAGCCCAGCUGGGUGGUAUCCCUGGUACAUACAACUUGGUGCACAGUUAUCUGAAUGUCAAGCCUCCUGUAAUGGCAAGGUCUUCAGAGGAUGGUGAGCUUGACAAACAGCCAGUUUGGGCCCUUCUCUUUUACUGCCUUAGAUGUGGAGAUUUGAAAGCUGCCAAACAUGUUGUAGACAGGGCAGGCAAUCAGCUUGGAGACUUUCCCACAUACUUUAAUGAGUAUGUCAAUUCUGUUGAUCACAAGCUUGCGCCUGGCAGUGACACUAAAAUUAAACUUCAGUAUCGCCGGGUAGUUAAGAACUGCUCUGAUCCAUACAAAAGGGCUGUUUAUUGUGUUAUUGGGUGUUGUGAUUGGACAGAUGACCACACUGAGAUACUAGACAAAAUAGAUGAUUACUUAUGGAUGAAGUUGUCUCAUGUACAGGAUCAGGGUACGACAGAUACCAGCCAAGAUCAGCUCACCCUAACCACAUUGCAGAAAAUACUGUAUGAAGACUAUGGAGAAUCCCAUUUCAAUGGGUACCAGCAGCCAUUUCUCUACUUCCAAGUUCUCUUCAUCACUUGCCAGUUUGAAGCAGCUAUUGAGUUUCUAAGUCGCAUUGAAAGUCUUCGCUACCAUGCAGUGCAUAUAGCCCUUGUACUGUAUGAAAUGAAGAUGUUGAUUAUCCCCCCUAAUUGCCAAGCUCAGCUGCUAAGUCAAGAUCCUUCAGAUUCUCAUGGUCUCAAAAGAUUAAACAUUGCCAGACUUGUCAUGAUGUACACUCGUAAAUUUGAGGCCACAGAUCCAAGAGAGGCUCUACAGUAUUUUUACUUUCUCAGGAAUUUAAAAACACCAACUGGAGAUGAUUUGUUUAAGUCCUGUGUAAGUGAAUUGGUCCUGGAAACUAAGGAGUUUGACAUGCUGCUUGGGCGAUUGGAAAAAGAUGGCUCAAGGAAGCCUGGGGCCAUUGACAGUUUCAAGCAAGAUACACAAAAAAUAACAGAAAUGGUAGCCAAAGAUACGGAAGCUAAAGGUCUCUUUGAGGAUGCAGUUCGCCUUUAUGAUUUGGCCAAAGAUCAUGAAAAAGCUCUGAGUUUAAUGAACAAGUUACUGAGUCAAGUGGUUUCCAUUGCCCCAUCACCUCAGUCAACUAGAGAUCGCUUGACAUCUAUAGCUCUUAACAUGGCAGAACGUUACACUACAUUUGGCCAUGAAGCCAGUCAAAUGACCACCAAGACAUUCUUUCUUUUACUUGACUUGAUCACAUUUUUCAACUUUUGCCAUGAAGGUGCCAUUACCAAAGCUUUAGAUGUUAUGCAAGGCAUCAAGAUUUUACCUUUUAGUGCUGAAGAAGUGGACCAUAGAGUGAGCAACUUUAAAAAUUAUUCAGAUGAAAUCAGACGCUGUCUUCCUGACAUAUUGUUAGCUACAAUGAACAUAUUACUUACUCAGUAUAACAAUGCCAGGGCAUCAACUAUCCAGAGUCCCAUGUCUCUAAGGAGAGGGAUUGAAGAUGGAGGGAAAGAUUCAUAUUUAAAUUACCUGAGGAACCAGGCCAGGGCCAUUAUCAUGUUUGCUGGAAUGUUGCCCUAUCGUUUGCCAGGUGACACUAACGCCAGACUGGUACAGAUUGAUGUUUUAAUGAGCUAGUGAGCUAUCACUUGUUGUUUCAAACUCAGUGUGUGUGUGUGUGUGUGUGAAUGUGUGUGUGAUUUCCUUCAUUGUUUUGUAUUUUCGAAUCAAAGAAAUAAAAGUUCCAUUAAAAAAAAUAUUAAUGCAAU